AUGAGAAAGGUUUGCAGACUGGCUAGGGAGGUUCUCGAUAUUUGUGCUGCGGCGGUUAGGCCUGGUAUUACCACGGAUGAGCUGGAUGAGAUUGCGCAUAAGGCUUGCAUUGAGCGUGAUUCGUACCCAUCCCCGUUGAACUAUGUAAACUUCCCCAAGUCUAUAUGCACUUCCAUCAACGAGGUUAUUUGCCACGGCAUUCCAGAUCAGAGAAAACUGGUAGACGGCGACAUCAUAAACCUUGACAUAACUCUCUAUCACGGUGGCUUCCACGGCGAUUUGAACGAGACAUACUACGUUGGUGACAAGGCAAAAGCAAAUCCUGACACCGUACGAGUAGUCGAGACCUCAAGAGACUGUCUAGACGAGGCCAUCAAACUCGUUAAGCCCGGCAUGCUUUUCCGUGACCCCGGGAACGUCAUUGAGAAACUCGCGAAGCAGAGAAAUUGCAGCGUCGUUAGAACUUACAUUGGUCACGGUAUCAACCAGCUCUUCCAUUGCAAUCCCAACGUACCCCAUUAUGCAAAGAAUAAGGCCGUAGGUGUAGCAAAGCCAGGCAUGUGCUUUACCAUCGAGCCGAUGAUCAACCUGGGCACGUAUAAGGAUACCACUUGGCCAGACAAGUGGACCAGUACCACCAGCGACGGCAAGAUGAGUGCCCAGUUCGAGCAUACGCUCUUGGUGACGGAGGGGGGUGUAGAGGUCUUGACUGCCAGAUUUCCUGAUUCCCCCGGUGGGAGGAUGCCCAUUCCCGGGAUUGAUAGGAACGGAGAGGGUGGAAAGAAACAGAUAUGAGAGGCGAAGAAGGGGGGGGGGGGAUUUAGAUCAUAUCCUGAAUGCUAUCUGGAGAUUUAUUCGUAUCACAGUAAAUAGAUCUAUUCGGCUACGGUACCGUAGUUGGACAUGCA